AGGAAAAUGGCGAUGCGUGUGCUGAGCGCGAUGAGAGUCCUGAGUACAGUGACCCUUGUGCGGCGUCCCGCCCAGGAGUGCCGCCUGGUAUGGAGGUCGUGCUUGGUCAGGAGCUUGGCCACCGGCUCCCAGUUGCUCUCCUCUGCCUUGAAAUUUACAGAUAAACAUGAAUGGAUAUCAGUUGAAAAUGGAAUUGGAACAGUAGGAAUCAGCAAGUUUGCCCAGGAUUCUUUAGGCGAAGUGGUGUAUUGCAGUCUUCCAGAAGUUGGCAAAAAGCUGAAUAAAAUGGAUGAGUUUGGGACUUUAGAGAGCGUUAAAGCUGUAAGUGAACUUUACUCCCCCCUAACAGGAGAAGUUACUGAGAUAAAUGGAGCACUAACAGACAAUCCAGGCUUGGUCAAUCAAUCUUGUUACGAAGAAGGUUGGCUAAUAAAGCUGACAGUAGACAACCCUUCAGAGCUUGAUGAUCUAAUGAGUGAAGACGCCUACGAGAAAUACGUAAAGGCACUUGAAGACUGAUCAGAUAAUUUUUUGGAGUUGUAACCCAGCUAGAAGGUUUUCCCUGUGUAGGUUGAGUAGUGGUGUCUCAGAUCACACUGGUGGGGACUUCUUACUGCAACAGUAACGGUUUUAAUCAAAUGCAGUUUGCAUAAGGACUGGAAUAAGGGAUUCUUUUUCAAGAGUUGUCCCUAAAUCUUUUGCACACUAUAUAAUUCCGCAUUUUUUUAUUUUUAGAUAUGAAUAAUUAUGCUAAAACUUAGUAAACCUUAAUUAACAUGCUGCAAUAAGUUCAGAUUCUUGUGUAAUUGCUGCAGAGUUCUCCAGCAACUGAAGAGUUUAUUGAACAUCCGGUAAUGUAGUGAUUUCUUUAAAGACUUCUUCCUUGUGUGCUGGAAUGAAAACCAUCCCUUUUUUGGUACCAACAGCCAUGACUGAAGACAAAGUUUGUUGCACGUUCAGAAAUAAUGCCUUGUAAUUAAAACUGAUAUGAGACCUUU